AUGCGCUUUCUGUCGAUUGCUGUAUUGUUAAUUGCAGGCAUUGCCUGUACAACAGGUAAACCAAAUGCAUGGGGACCAAAAAACAAAUUGGAAGUGAUAAUCAAUGCAGCCGAUGGAUUAGAAGACAUAAACCUAGACGCUGACAAUUUUGAUGACUUUUUACGUCAUCACCACAAUGCUGUAGUAGAACUAAAAGAAGGAAAAGAUGGAUGGGAAAUUAUUACAUCAGCACCCGAUACUUCUUCAUCAAGUGAAUCAGACUCAAUCAGCUCAUCCGGAUCAAGCAGUCUAUCAUCCAGUGUAUCUGGAGCUGGCAGUCUCGCUUCAUCUGGUGCAGGCAGUAUAGCAUCCAGUGAAUCUGGUGCUGGCAGUCUCGCAUCAUCUGGAGCAGGCAGUAUAGCAUCCAGUGGAUCUGGUGCUGGCAGUCUCGCUUCAUCUGGUGCAGGCAGUCUAUCAUCAAGUGUAUCUGGUGCUGGUAGUCUUGCUUCAAGUGGAUCUAAAUCUGGAUCUUCAUCAGGAAGCCAAUCUGGUGCUGGCAGUCUCGCAUCAAGUGCAUCCCAAGCUGGUAGUGCAGCUCAAUCAGGUAGCUUAUCCAAAUCUGGCAGUGCAUCUCAAGCCGGUAGUGCAGCUCAAUCAGGUAGUGCAUCCAAAUCUGGAAGUGCAUCUCAAGCCGGUAGUGCAGCUCAAUCAGGUAGUGCAUCCAAAUCUGGAAGUGCAUCCCAAGCUGGUAGUGCAGCUCAAUCUGGUAGCUCAUCCAAAUCUGGCAGUGCAUCCCAAGCCGGUAGUGCAUCUCAAGCCGGUAGUGCAUCCAAAUCUGGCAGUUCUUCCCAAGCUGGAAGUGCAGCUCAAUCUGGUAGCUCAUCCAAAUCUGGUAGUGCAUCUCAAUCAGGAAGCGCAUCCAAAUCUGGCAGUGCAUCCCAAGCCGGUAGUGCAGCUCAAUCAGGCAGUGCAUCCAAAUCUGGCAGUUCUUCCCAAGCUGGAAGUGCAGCUCAAUCUGGUAGCUCAUCCAAAUCUGGUAGUGCAUCUCAAUCAGGAAGCGCAUCCAAAUCUGGCAGUGCAUCUCAAUCAGGCAGUGCAUCCAAAUCUGGUAGUGCAGCUCAAUCUGGUAGCUCAUCCAAAUCUGGCAGUGCAUCCCAAGCUGGUAGUGCAUCUCAAUCUGGUAGCUCAUCUAAAUCUGGCAGUGCAUCUCAAGCCGGUAGUGCAUCUCAAUCUGGUAGCUCAUCCAAAUCUGGCAGUGCAUCCCAAGCUGGUAGUGCAGCUCAAUCUGGUAGCUCAUCCAAAUCUGGCAGCGCAUCUCAAUCAGGCAGUGCAUCCAAAUCUGGUAGUGCAUCUCAAUCAGGCAGCUCAUCCAAAUCUGGCAGUGCAUCCCAAGCCGGUAGUGCAGCUCAAUCUGGUAGCUCAUCCAAAUCUGGCAGCGCAUCUCAAUCAGGAAGUGCAUCCAAAUCUGGUAGUGCAUCUCAAUCUGGCAGUGCAUCCAAAUCUGGUAGUGCAUCUCAAUCUGGUAGCUCAUCCAAAUCUGGCAGUGCAUCUCAAUCAGGAAGUGCAUCCAAAUCUGGUAGUGCAUCUCAAUCAGGAAGCGCAUCCAAAUCAGGCAGUGCAUCUCAAUCUGGUAGCUCAUCCAAAUCUGGCAGUGCAUCCCAAGCCGGUAGUGCAGCUCAAUCUGGUAGCUCAUCCAAAUCUGGCAGCGCAUCUCAAUCAGGCAGUGCAUCCAAAUCUGGUAGUGCAUCUCAAUCAGGCAGUGCAUCCAAAUCUGGUAGUGCAUCUCAAUCAGGCAGCUCAUCCAAAUCUGGCAGUGCAUCCCAAGCCGGUAGUGCAGCUCAAUCUGGUAGCUCAUCCAAAUCUGGCAGCGCAUCUCAAUCAGGCAGUGCAUCCAAAUCUGGCAGUGCAUCCCAAGCUGGUAGUGCAUCUCAAUCAGGAAGUGCAUCCAAAUCUGGCAGCGCAUCUCAAUCAGGCAGUGCAUCCAAAUCUGGUAGUGCAUCUCAAUCAGGCAGCUCAUCUAAAUCUGGCAGUGCAUCCCAAGCCGGUAGUGCAGCUCAAUCUGGUAGCUCAUCCAAAUCUGGCAGCGCAUCUCAAUCAGGCAGUGCAUCCAAAUCUGGUAGUGCAUCUCAAUCUGGUAGUGCAUCUCAAUCAGGCAGUGCAUCCAAAUCUGGCAGUGCAUCUCAAUCAGGCAGUGCAUCCAAAUCUGGUAGUGCAUCUCAAUCAGGCAGUGCAUCCAAAUCUGGCAGUGCAUCUCAAUCAGGAAGUGCAUCCAAAUCUGGUAGUGCAUCUCAAUCUGGCAGUGCAUCUCAAUCAGGAAGUGCAUCUAAAUCUGGCAGUGCAUCUCAAUCUGGAAGCUCAUCCAAAUCUGGCAGUGCAUCCCAAGCCGGUAGUGCAGCUCAAUCUGGUAGCUCAUCCAAAUCUGGAAGUGCAUCUCAAUCAGGCAGUGCAUCCAAAUCUGGCAGCGCAUCUCAAUCAGGCAGUGCAUCCAAAUCUGGCAGCGCAUCUCAAUCAGGCAGUGCAUCCAAAUCUGGCAGUGCAUCCCAAGCCGGUAGUGCAGCUCAAUCUGGUAGCUCAUCCAAAUCUGGAAGUGCAUCUCAAUCAGGCAGUGCAUCCAAAUCUGGUAGUGCAUCUCAAUCAGGCAGUGCAUCUCAAUCAGGCAGUGCAUCUCAAUCAGGCAGUGCAUCCAAAUCUGGCAGCGCAUCUCAAUCUGGCAGUGCAUCCAAAUCUGGUAGUGCAUCUCAAUCAGGCAGUGCAUCUCAAUCAGGCAGCUCAUCCAAAUCUGGCAGUGCAUCCCAAGCCGGUAGUGCAGCUCAAUCUGGUAGCUCAUCCAAAUCUGGUAGUGCAUCUCAAUCAGGAAGUGCAUCCAAAUCUGGUAGUGCAUCUCAAUCUGGCAGUGCAUCUCAAUCAGGAAGUGCAUCCAAAUCUGGCAGCGCAUCUCAAUCAGGCAGUGCAUCUCAAUCAGGAAGUGCAUCCAAAUCUGGCAGUGCAUCCCAAGCUGGUAGUGCAGCUCAAUCUGGUAGCUCAUCUAAAUCUGGCAGCGCAUCUCAAUCAGGAAGUGCAUCCAAAUCUGGUAGUGCAGCUCAAUCUGGUAGCUCAUCCAAAUCUGGCAGCGCAUCUCAAUCAGGCAGUGCAUCCAAAUCUGGUAGUGCAUCUCAAUCAGGCAGCUCAUCCAAAUCUGGCAGUGCAUCCCAAGCCGGUAGUGCAGCUCAAUCUGGUAGCUCAUCCAAAUCUGGCAGCGCAUCUCAAUCAGGCAGUGCAUCUCAAUCAGGCAGUGCAUCCAAAUCUGGCAGUGCAUCUCAAUCAGGAAGUGCAUCCAAAUCUGGCAGCGCAUCUCAAUCAGGAAGUGCAUCCAAAUCUGGUAGUGCAUCUCAAUCAGGAAGUGCAUCCAAAUCUGGUAGUGCAUCUCAAUCAGGCAGCUCAUCCAAAUCUGGCAGUGCAUCCCAAGCCGGUAGUGCAGCUCAAUCUGGUAGCUCAUCCAAAUCUGGCAGUGCAUCUCAAUCAGGAAGUGCAUCCAAAUCUGGCAGCGCAUCUCAAUCAGGCAGUGCAUCUCAAUCAGGAAGUGCAUCCAAAUCUGGCAGUGCAUCCCAAGCUGGUAGUGCAGCUCAAUCUGGUAGCUCAUCCAAAUCUGGCAGCGCAUCUCAAUCAGGAAGUGCAUCCAAAUCUGGUAGUGCAUCUCAAUCUGGCAGUGCAUCCCAAGCCGGUAGUGCAGCUCAAUCUGGUAGCUCAUCCAAAUCUGGCAGCGCAUCUCAAUCAGGAAGUGCAUCCAAAUCUGGUAGUGCAUCUCAAUCAGGCAGUGCAUCCAAAUCUGGUAGUGCAUCUCAAUCAGGCAGUGCAUCCAAAUCUGGCAGUGCAUCCAAAUCUGGUAGCGCAUCUCAAUCAGGCAGUGCAUCCAAAUCUGGCAGUGCAUCCCAAGCUGGUAGCGCUUCUCAAUCAGGAAGUGCAUCCAAAUCUGGUAGUGCAUCUCAAUCUGGCAGUGCAUCUCAAUCAGGAAGUGCAUCUAAAUCUGGCAGUGCAUCUCAAUCUGGAAGCUCAUCCAAAUCUGGCAGUGCAUCUCAAUCUGGUAGCUCAUCCAAAUCUGGCAGCGCAUCUCAAUCAGGCAGUGCAUCCAAAUCUGGUAGUGCAUCUCAAUCAGGCAGUGCAUCCAAAUCUGGCAGUGCAUCUCAAUCAGGAAGUGCAUCCAAAUCUGGCAGCGCAUCUCAAUCAGGCAGUGCAUCCAAAUCUGGCAGCGCAUCUCAAUCUGGCAGCGCAUCUCAAUCAGGAAGUGCAUCCAAAUCUGGUAGUGCAUCUCAAUCUGGCAGUGCAUCUCAAUCAGGAAGUGCAUCCAAAUCUGGCAGUGCAUCUCAAUCAGGCAGUGCAUCUCAAUCAGGCAGUGCAUCCAAAUCUGGCAGUGCAUCCCAAUCUGGUAGUGCAUCUCAAUCUGGUAGCUCAUCCAAAUCUGGCAGUGCAUCCCAAGCCGGUAGUGCAUCCAAAUCUGGUAGUGCAGCUCAAUCUGGUAGCUCAUCCAAAUCUGGCAGCGCAUCUCAAUCAGGCAGUGCAUCCAAAUCUGGCAGUGCAUCCCAAGCCGGUAGUGCAGCUCAAUCUGGUAGCUCAUCCAAAUCUGGCAGUGCAUCCCAAGCCGGUAGUGCAGCUCAAUCUGGUAGCUCAUCCAAAUCUGGCAGCGCAUCUCAAUCAGGAAGUGCAUCCAAAUCUGGCAGUGCAUCCCAAGCUGGUAGCGCUUCUCAAUCAGGCAGUGCAUCCAAAUCUGGCAGUGCAUCUCAAUCAGGCAGUGCAUCCAAAUCUGGCAGUGCAUCUCAAUCAGGAAGUGCAUCCAAAUCUGGUAGUGCAUCUCAAUCAGGCAGUGCAUCCAAAUCUGGCAGCGCAUCUCAAUCAGGCAGUGCAUCCAAAUCUGGUAGUGCAUCUCAAUCUGGCAGUGCAUCUCAAUCAGGAAGUGCAUCCAAAUCUGGCAGUGCAUCCCAAGCUGGUAGUGCAUCCAAAUCUGGCAGUGCAUCCCAAGCCGGUAGUGCAGCUCAAUCUGGUAGCUCAUCCAAAUCUGGCAGCGCAUCUCAAUCAGGCAGUGCAUCUCAAUCAGGAAGUGCAUCCAAAUCUGGCAGUGCAUCCCAAGCUGGUAGUGCAGCUCAAUCUGGUAGCUCAUCUAAAUCUGGCAGCGCAUCUCAAUCAGGAAGUGCAUCCAAAUCUGGUAGUGCAUCUCAAUCAGGAAGUGCAUCUCAAUCAGGAAGUGCAUCCAAAUCUGGUAGUGCAUCUCAAUCUGGCAGCGCAUCUCAAUCAGGCAGUGCAUCUCAAUCAGGCAGUGCAUCCAAAUCUGGCAGCGCAUCUCAAUCAGGAAGUGCAUCCAAAUCUGGUAGUGCAUCCAAAUCUGGUAGCGCUUCUCAAUCAGGAAGUGCAUCCAAAUCUGGUAGUGCAUCUCAAUCUGGCAGUGCAUCUCAAUCAGGAAGUGCAUCCAAAUCUGGUAGUGCAUCUCAAUCAGGAAGUGCAUCCAAAUCUGGCAGCGCAUCUCAAUCAGGCAGUGCAUCCAAAUCUGGUAGUGCAUCUCAAUCUGGCAGUGCAUCCCAAGCUGGUAGUGCAGCUCAAUCUGGUAGCUCAUCCAAAUCUGGCAGCGCAUCUCAAUCAGGAAGUGCAUCCAAAUCUGGUAGUGCAUCUCAAUCAGGCAGUGCAUCCAAAUCUGGCAGCGCAUCUCAAUCAGGAAGUGCAUCCAAAUCUGGUAGUGCAUCUCAAUCAGGCAGUGCAUCCAAAUCUGGCAGUGCAGCUCAAUCUGGUAGCUCAUCCAAAUCUGGCAGCGCAUCUCAAUCAGGAAGCGCAUCUAAAUCUGGCAGUGCAUCUCAAUCUGGAAGCUCAUCUAAAUCUGGCAGUGCAUCCCAAGCCGGUAGUGCAGCUCAAUCUGGUAGCUCAUCCAAAUCUGGCAGCGCAUCUCAAUCAGGCAGUGCAUCCAAAUCUGGUAGUGCAUCUCAAUCAGGCAGUGCAUCCAAAUCUGGUAGUGCAUCUCAAUCUGGCAGUGCAUCCAAAUCUGGUAGUGCAUCUCAAUCAGGCAGUGCAUCUCAAUCAGGCAGUGCAUCCAAAUCUGGCAGCGCAUCUCAAUCUGGCAGUGCAUCCAAAUCUGGUAGUGCAUCUCAAUCAGGCAGCUCAUCCAAAUCUGGCAGUGCAUCCCAAGCCGGUAGUGCAGCUCAAUCUGGUAGCUCAUCCAAAUCUGGCAGCGCAUCUCAAUCAGGAAGUGCAUCCAAAUCUGGCAGUGCAUCCCAAGCUGGUAGCGCUUCUCAAUCAGGAAGUGCAUCCAAAUCUGGUAGUGCAUCUCAAUCUGGUAGUGCAUCCAAAUCUGGUAGUGCAUCUCAAUCAGGAAGCGCAUCUAAAUCUGGCAGUGCAUCUCAAUCUGGUAGCUCAUCUAAAUCUGGCAGUGCAUCCCAAGCCGGUAGUGCAGCUCAAUCUGGUAGCUCAUCCAAAUCUGGAAGUGCAUCUCAAUCAGGCAGUGCAUCCAAAUCUGGUAGUGCAUCUCAAUCAGGCAGUGCAUCCCAAGCUGGUAGCGCAUCUCAAUCUGGCAGUGCAUCCAAAUCUGGUAGUGCAUCUCAAUCAGGCAGUGCAUCUCAAUCAGGCAGUGCAUCCAAAUCUGGCAGCGCAUCUCAAUCUGGCAGUGCAUCCAAAUCUGGCAGCGCAUCUCAAUCAGGCAGUGCAUCCAAAUCUGGUAGUGCAUCUCAAUCAGGCAGUGCAUCCCAAGCUGGUAGUGCAGCUCAAUCUGGUAGCUCAUCCAAAUCUGGCAGCGCAUCUCAAUCGGGAAGUGCAUCCAAAUCUGGUAGUGCAUCUCAAUCAGGAAGUGCAUCCAAAUCUGGUAGUGCAUCUCAAUCAGGCAGCUCAUCCAAAUCUGGCAGUGCAUCCCAAGCUGGUAGUGCAGCUCAAUCUGGUAGCUCAUCCAAAUCUGGCAGCGCAUCUCAAUCAGGCAGUGCAUCCCAAGCUGGUAGUGCAGCUCAAUCUGGUAGUGCAGCUCAAUCUGGUAGCUCAUCCAAAUCUGGCAGUGCAUCCCAAGCUGGUAGUGCAGCUCAAUCUGGUAGCUCAUCCAAAUCUGGCAGCGCAUCUCAAUCAGGAAGUGCAUCCAAAUCUGGCAGUGCAUCCCAAGCUGGUAGCGCUUCUCAAUCAGGAAGUGCAUCCAAAUCUGGUAGUGCAUCUCAAUCUGGUAGUGCAUCCAAAUCUGGUAGUGCAUCUCAAUCAGGAAGCGCAUCUAAAUCUGGCAGUGCAUCUCAAUCUGGAAGCUCAUCUAAAUCUGGCAGUGCAUCCCAAGCCGGUAGUGCAGCUCAAUCUGGUAGCUCAUCCAAAUCUGGAAGUGCAUCCAAAUCUGGUAGUGCAUCUCAAUCAGGAAGUGCAUCCAAAUCUGGUAGUGCAUCUCAAUCAGGCAGCUCAUCCAAAUCUGGCAGUGCAUCUCAAUCUGGCAGUGCAUCUAAAUCUGGUAGUGCAUCUCAAUCAGGCAGCUCAUCCAAAUCUGGUAGUGCAUCUCAAUCAGGAAGUGCAUCCAAAUCUGGUAGUGCAUCUCAAUCAGGCAGCUCAUCCAAAUCUGGCAGUGCAUCCCAAGCUGGUAGUGCAGCUCAAUCUGGUAGCUCAUCCAAAUCUGGCAGCGCAUCUCAAUCAGGAAGUGCAUCCAAAUCUGGCAGCGCAUCUCAAUCUGGUAGUGCAUCUCAAUCAGGAAGUGCAUCCAAAUCUGGUAGUGCAUCUCAAUCAGGCAGUGCAUCCAAAUCUGGUAGUGCAUCUCAAUCAGGAAGUGCAUCCAAAUCUGGCAGCGCAUCUCAAUCAGGCAGUGCAUCCAAAUCUGGCAGUGCAUCUCAAUCAGGAAGUGCAUCCAAAUCUGGUAGUGCAUCUCAAUCAGGCAGUGCAUCCAAAUCUGGUAGUGCAUCUCAAUCAGGCAGUGCAUCCCAAGCCGGUAGUGCAUCUCAAUCUGGUAGCUCAUCCAAAUCUGGCAGUGCAUCCCAAGCUGGUAGUGCAGCUCAAUCUGGUAGCUCAUCCAAAUCUGGCAGUGCAUCCCAAGCUGGUAGUGCAGCUCAAUCAGGCAGUGCAUCCCAAGCCGGUAGUGCAGCUCAAUCAGGUAGUGCAUCCAAAUCAGGCAGUUCUUCCCAAGCUGGAAGUGCAGCACAAUCAGGUAGCUCAUCCAAAUCUGGCAGCGCAUCUCAAUCAGGCAGUGCAUCCCAAGCUGGUAGUGCAGCUCAAUCUGGUAGUGCAUCCAAAGCUGGCAGUGCAUCCCAAGCUGGUAGUGCAGCUCAAUCCGGUAGUGCAUCCAAAGCUGGAUCAUCAGCAGGAAGUCAAUCUGGAUCUGGCAGUCUCGCUUCCAGUGGCUCUAAAUCAGGCAGUGGAUCGUCAAGUGGUUCUAUUUCUGGAUCAGAUGCUUCAUCCGGUUCUGGUUCCGGCGCUCUUGCUUCUAGUGGUGCAGGCUCUAUCAGCUCCUCUGGAGCAAGCAGUCUAACCUCCAGUGGUUCAGGAUCAAGUGGAAUAAUUAGAAAACCAUCUAUAUGGUCAUCUUCAUCAUCAUCAUCCAACUCUGGAAGUAUAUCAUCAGCAUCUUCAAGUGCUGGCGACGAAGUUUACUACAUUGGAGUUUUGCGAGGAGGUCAAUGUACUUGCUUAGCAGAAUUACCACGUCCAUCAAUUCCAGCCUAAUUGAAUUCUUUACCAUUCCAUUCGGAAUUCAGCCAUUCAAUUUAAAUGACACCGUUCUGAUUUUAUUAUUAUAGCUACGUUUAUUAUUAUUCAUUUGUUUUUUUUUUUCUAUAUCAAAUUUAGUUUUAAAGUUGUUUUACAUCCGGUUGAUUACUUAUUUCUUAUUUUUUCAUAUCGACCUAUGUAAUAUUGAAUUAUUAGUAUCAACUUGUUUCUUAAUAUACGAAUUGCAAAUAA